AUGGCAGACCCAGGUUAUUAUAUUCGACACCCUGUUCUGUACGAACUAGGCGUCAAGUAUGGAAUCAAGACGGAGUGUAUUCCAGAAAUAGCUUUGCCAUCCAAGUUGGAGGAGCUCAAGGAUGUCAUACGUAGAGAGAUACGUAAGGAACUCAAAAUAAAGGAGGGUGCCGAGAAACUACGCGAAGUCGCUACAGACCGAAGAUCUUUGUCUGACGUUGCUAAUAUUGUAAAGAAAGCUAAUAUCAAACUUAAUGAACUCAAGUCAGACUUGCAAGAAUUGGAGUCCCAUCUACUCCUAUCUCGCGGUCAAUCUACCCCGACCUCGCCGGUGGAUCCCUCUUACGAUGAGGAGAUCAUCCUCGCUUCUGAAGCUGCACAGCAGCAAAGGCAGCUUGGUGAGGCUACUGCAGACCGCAAAUUGGCCUCUCUUGAAAAACAAUUAAAUAUAGAGCUAAAAGUGAAACAGGGAGCUGAAAACAUGAUUCAGAGUAUAAGCAGCAGUAAUCAAUCACGGGACAAAAAAUUGUUAGCAGAAGCCCAUCAAAUGCUGGCCGACUCAAAGGCGAAAAUUGACUAUUUAAAGUUACGUAUAACUAAACUGACCAAACAGCAAAAAGGUGAAAUAGCUGGAGCAAAUGGCGACGGGAGAACCUCAGACCUAAGUGGAGUAGAGCCGUUACUAGAUGAGAGAAUAGCAGAUUUGAGAAACCGUCUUCGAAUUGAGACAGCAGUUGUAGAAGGCUCUAAAAAUGCCAUAAGGCUCUUGCAGAGUGAUAAGAAGGUCACUGACAAAAAGGCCCUGCAUGAAGCUCAACAAAGUCUCCUAGAGUCAACACAAAAAUUAGAUUUGCUACGUCGCUCACUAGAUAUGCGUCGGAAAGAACUACCUACUGAAAGUUCUGCUUUUAUUGAACUAGGUCAUGAGCUACACACUGCAAGUUCAAGCCCUGGCUACACUAGUCUCUCAGGAGGCAGUGGUUCAAGAGCCCAGUUUUUGUCUGCAGUACCAUUGAUCAGUCCAUGUGUACAAGUCACUGGCACGCUGGAAGUGCGAUUGAUGGGUUGCCAGGGCUUGUUAGAAGAUGUUCCUGGUCGCAGUCGUCGUGAUCCCCUGGCCAGUCCAUCUGAUUUGAAAUCUUUUGUUAAAGGGGUGACAAUCCGCAACUCUAUGAAGUAUACCUAUAGCAUUAAAGAGGAUACCAGCAAUGAGAUUAUGGCCGUAUUGAAACUUGACAACCACACUGUCGCUCAGACUAGUUGGAGACCUUGUUCGCAACAAGCUUGGGAUCAAAGAUUUACGAUCAAGUUAGACAAGUCAAGAGAACUAGAAAUUGGUGUUCAUUGGAAAGACUGGCGUGGGCUUUGUGCUGUAAAAUUUUUGAGACUAGAAGAGUUCAUUGAUGACAUUAGACAUGGUAUGGCCUUGGAACUUGAACCACAGGGUCUCCUUUUUGCUAAGAUCAAAUUCCUGAACCCCAUUAUAUCACGCAAACCAAAACUUCAACGUCAGCGCAAAAUUUUCAAACAACAAGGCAAAAAUAUUCCAAGACCUUCUUAUGGAGAUAUGCAUAUACCUGCUGUUGUAUUAGGCAGGCUACUAAAGCGGUCGUCACCUUCAAUUCAGAACAUUCAAACAGCCCAUAUUUCUCAACCACAGCAGCUACACUUUGAUUCUCCCUCAGAACAAAAAGAAAUAGAAAAUCCGAAUGUUACUCUUGGUGGCAUGGCUGGAAUACGUCCUCUUGGUCUGCCUCCUGCUCCUGCAACCCCACAGCCACCAGUGGCACCUCCAAAACCAACCCUUCCCUUACAGCCACCUCCAAAUGUAUCAACACUUCGCAUGGAGAAAGAACUCCAAGAAGCAUUUGCAUUCUUAGAUGAUUCUUACAAUAGAGAUAAUUAUGUUCCAAAAGAGAUUAGUACUCCAUCAUGUGACACGCCUUUGGUGGAGUAUCCCCCAUCGCCAUCACCGAAACUGGUUAUUGAAUUCCCAAGUAAUGAGGAUCAAAUUGUUGAAGUCACAAGCAAUAUGAGGAUAUCCUCAUCCCGCUCUUCUUCGGUAAUAGAAACAGCUGGCAAAGAGGAUUCCCGAAGGCAAUCUGGUGAAAUGUCUAUGGACAGUUUCAGGUUGUUAAGUGUCCUGGGAAGAGGACAUUUUGGAAAAGUUAUUUUAUCACAGUACAAACCUACAAAUGAAUAUUUUGCAAUAAAAGCUUUAAAGAAAGGUGAUAUCAUUGCUAGAGAUGAAGUUGAUUCAUUGUUGUCAGAGAAGAGAAUUUUUGAGGUAGCUAAUGCAAUAAGACACCCAUUUUUGGUGAAUCUAUUUGCUUGUUUCCAAACGGAGCAACAUGUUUGUUUUGUAAUGGAAUAUGCAGCUGGAGGUGAUCUCAUGAUGCAUAUACAUGCUGAUGUGUUCACCGAACCGAGGGCAGUAUUUUAUGCAGCUUGUGUAGUAUUAGGUCUACAGUAUUUACAUGAGAAUAAUAUUAUUUAUAGAGAUUUGAAGUUAGAUAAUUUACUGCUGGACACUGAGGGUUAUGUCAAAAUUGCUGACUUUGGACUAUGCAAAGAAGGAAUGGGUUGGGGUGACAGAACCGGGACAUUUUGUGGUACUCCAGAAUUCUUAGCACCUGAAGUUUUAACAGAAACGUCGUAUACACGUGCUGUAGAUUGGUGGGGCCUUGGUGUACUCAUUUUUGAAAUGUUAGUUGGAGAAUCGCCUUUCCCUGGAGAAGAUGAAGGCGAAGUAUUUGACUCUAUUGUCAAUGAUGAAGUACGUUAUCCCAGAACCUUAUCUUUGGAAGCGAUUGCGUUAAUGCGCCGUUUGUUGCGCAAAAAUCCCGAAAGACGUCUAGGAUCAUCUGAACGAGAUGCCGAGGAUGUAAAAAAGCAGGCAUUUUUCUUCAGUAUUAAUUGGGAACAAUUACUUCUACGUAAAGUGAAGCCACCUUUUGUGCCAACAAUAAGAAAUCUUGAGGAUGUAAGCAACUUUGACAGUGAGUUUACAUCAGAGACGCCUGUAUUAACUCCGCCUAAAGAGCCACGCCCCCUCAGUACUGCAGACCACAAGCUAUUUAAUGACUUCACAUACAUGGCAGAUUGGUGCUAGAAACAAUGUGUCAAAACAUAUUUAAAGUUAAUAGAUAAUUUCUUACAGUAAUUACAGUAUUGUAUUACAAACA